UAAACACAGCCUAGACAUAGUAUACUACAACACGCAGCCUCAGCCAGCCAGACGUAUCCUAGUCCUAAACGUGAAUACCGUAGGUAAUUCCACUCUUCGCUGCAUGUGGAGUGUGAGUGUGGACAGCUAGAAAUAUGUUGACUGAGUCACUGCUGCCACGACGCUGACACAUUCCAGGAGAGGAGGACUGCCCGGGCUGCCUCUCUUCUGAUAAGCAUCCUAUGGUCUUCUGUACAAGUCAAGAUGGCGGUGUCGGCAACGGAAAAGGACGCAAUAAAUACUGAAGAUGACCAUCACAACGAUUCGUUCGGGAACCCCGGGCUUAUCUCGCCGGAUAGGGAGGACAUUGCACGGCUUCUGAAGGUGCCAUUCAGCGGCCGCAUCAGAGGUGGUAUGAGGCCGGGGAAGAAGGUCAUUGUCAUGGGCAUUGUUGAUCUGGAGCCGGACAGCUUUGACGUCAGCCUGACUUGCGGCCGCGGCACAGAGAAGGAGGAACCACAGCCGGAUGUGGCCCUGAAACUCAGCGCUCGAUUCGCCGAGCGCCAGUUUCUGCGUAACUCCCGCGUCUCGGGAAAAUGGAGCGAGGAGGAGAAGUCUAUCGACUACUUCCCCUUCAUCCCUGACCAGCCCUUCAGGAUCGAGAUCCACUGCGAGCACACGCGCUUCCGGAUAUUUGUGGACGGAAACCCGCUCUUUGACUUUUUUCACAAAGUGAAAUCUUUGCCGUCCAUCGAUACAGUGAGGAUAGAAGGGGAUCUACAGAUCACCAAGCUAGGUUAACCAUCCCAGCUGCCAUGCCUGUGUGUGACACAACAAGAACUCAAUACAGGUGAACACACACACCUGUUACUACAAUACCCACAAUGCAACACUGCAGCGACAGUGGGCCUAGCGCUUUGGAAAGGCCUCGCCAUCCCGGUUUGGUUCUGCCAUCACUCCUCUUCUUUCCCUUUUAUCUUGUCAUGUCUCUACCAAGAUCUGACGUUAUUGUGACCUUCCUAAUUGUUGGUUGAAUGGUUGCAAUGUAACGCAGCUCUGCGUGUCUUUGUUCUGAAAGAAUUCCUUUGUUUUCUUCCUCAGUUCUGUGUGUGUCAGGGAUCUCACAAUAUAAACGCCUGCUCAUGGUUACCAAGCAUCCUAUGAGGAUUUUGCUGAGAGAGGGGGCCCUAUUCCAAAUGUAAUAGUGCACUGCUUUUGGGGCACUAUUGGGCACUAGAGUGCUAUUUGGGACACAACCGUAGAGCACCAAGAAGUAUUUGCUUUCAUGUGGAGAAAUCCUACAAUUCUCAGGAGGUUUCUCAGGAAUCAACACCAUUUAUCACCUAAAUGAGGGUUAUUUCGUGGGGUUGACAAGCUCAAUAUUAUGGGAGCUUCCAUUUUUGCACUCCCUCCCUGUUCUUGAAUUGGGUUUUAUUGGUUGGUUGGUUGUCAUGGUUAUUGGCAUCCUAACUCAAUGACCUACAUACAGAGGUUGCAUUUUAAAUUGCAUUUUAUUCCCUAUAUAGUGUGCUACUUUGAUCAGGGCCCAUUGGGCUCUGGCCAAAAGUAGUGCACUACGUAGGGAAUAGGGUGCCAUUUGGAAAGGGAAAUAUAUUGUGGAGUCUCAGCAAGAUGUACCGUAGCAGCUUUUUGAUUGAAAUGUCUUGUAACUGUGUAUUAAUGGUGGUUCUUACUCACAAUUUCAGUUCAUUGCAACCAUUCUCCUCCUGUAGAUAUAGAUAUUGCACUGACAUAGAGCUACAUGGUAGUGAAUAGAAUGUAUAGUUCAUUUGGAGCUUCGUUUACAUUGCUUAUUUAAGAGUGAUGAACGAUUGGUUCAUUUAAACAUUUCCACAUUGAUUCAAUG